AUGACGAGAUAUACAAACCCACAUGAUGUGCGCCAUGCCUGGGUGAUGAAACAGGAAAUUGCUCUCCUCGAUGUUCGCGAAGAAGGCCCAUAUGCCGAGUCGCAUCCUCUCUUCGCAGUGAGCGUGCCAGUAUCAGAGAUCGAGAGCAAGCUGCCAGCAUUGGUUCCUCGACUGGCUGCCCCGAUUGUUGUCUAUGACAAUGGCGAAGGCUAUGAUAUGCGGGCUGUAUCCCGGAUCUCAACGAUGGGGUAUACAAAUGUAUCCAUCCUCGAAGGUGGGCUUUCUGCCUAUGCUCUUGUUGGCGACGUGUAUCGCGAUGUCGGUGUGCCGUCCAAAGCAUUUGGCGAGCUUGUCGAAUCCAUCAAUCACACUCCAUCCGUUUCUGCGCGGGAGUUAAAGGAGGCUUUGGAGAGUCAAAAAGAUCUUGUUAUUUUAGAUGCCAGGCGGUUGGAGGAGUUUAAUACCAUGAGCAUCCCUGGUGGCCGGAGCUGUCCCGGAGGAGAACUGCUGUAUCGCUUCUUCGAGACUGUACCUUCUCCCAAAACAACAGUUGUGGUCAAUUGUGCGGGUAGAACACGCAGUAUCAUUGGUGCGCAGUCUUUGAUCAAUGCCAAAGUCCCCAACAAGGUGGUUGCCCUCCGAAAUGGGACUAUCGGGUGGACGUUGGAGGGUUUCAAGCUGGACACCAAGAAGACGGACCGGGCUCCGCAGCCUUCAGCUAAAGCAUUGCGUAAGGCGGUUCGACACGCGAACUGCUGGUUCCGUCAGCUUGGCAUUGUUAAUAUCGGUAUGACCGAACUUGGUAAUCUUGCUAGGUUGGCGGAAGACCGGACUGUCUACCUGCUCGACGUGAGAGAUCCCGAGGAGUAUGCCCUCCGUCACCUGGACGGGUUCACUAAUGCUCCUGGUGGUCAACUGGUACAGGCCACCGACGAAUGGAUUGGUGUUCGAGGAGCUCUCGUUAUUGUAUACGAUACGGACACUGUUCGAGCACGGAUGACAGCCAGUUGGCUCCUUCAACUGGGAUGGGAGGUGAAUGUACUUUCUCUUCCAGACUCCCAGUAUCCCGAUGAGCUUGAAGUGCCAAGGGCACCUUCAUUCCGUUUUUCGAAGCGUCAUGGUAUUACGGUCGACGCCCUUCGAGACCUUCAAGGAGCGACUGUGGUCGAUGUUGCUCGCAGUCCUACCUACCGCAAAGGUCAUAUCCCCGGAGCAUGGUUUGCUUCUGGACCCGAACUUGUCCGAGAUUUAAAACAGAUUAGGGGUGAUGACCCUAUUGUGCUCACUUCUCCAGAUGGCUUUGUUGCAGCCAUGAACCUUGAGGAUGCACGGCAUUCGGUCAGACAACGAGUCUUGUAUUUGGAAGGAGGAACGGAGGCUUGGGCGGCAUCUGGCCAUCCCCUCGAGACCGAGUCGCGGUGGCUUUCCGAGCCAAUCGAUGUCUAUAAAAGACCAUACGAGGGUACAGGCAACGCUCGCGAGAAUAUGCAAGGGUAUCUUGACUGGGAGUACGGGCUUGUCGCUCAACUGGCAAACGACGGGGUCGCUGGUUUCCGCGUUGCACGGGGCCCGCGUCCGUCUGCUGGGUGCGAUGAUUGUCCUCGCUGUAAUCAGUUCGAUGAGUCUGACGGAUCUGACUGA